UAGUCAAAGGCGUUGUGCAUAUGAAAAUACAACGCGCCUUGACGUCACGUAAACAGGGCCUUGUAAUACUCCCAUCAUUCAUUCAAAAUGGCCACCUAUUCGAGACUAGGCUUAAUUCUGGCCAUGUUUAGUUUCGCGUUUGCACCUCAGGUGUUAGGAAGUCACCCACUUCCAGGUAAAGUCAACGAUGCGAAGACGACGUCCGUGACAUCGUCGACCAUUGGUCUAUCGUGGACGGUAUCAUCAAGUAACAUCCCCUUCACAAACUACGUCGUCUUUAUAAUGACGGGGGGCAAGUGUACACAAGCCAACUUUAUCAAGUGCUCUCCAAAUCAAACAAUUUAUGUAAACUUUCAAUGCUCCUACAUAAUGGCGGGUGCAGUAGCUUCAUAUGAUGAGUGUCAUGGAAACAUGUCUCACAGCGUCAAGUCACUGACGUCGUACACAGACUACGUUAUCGCUAUCGCCGCUGCUGAUCAAGCCACUAUAGGGGAAAAUGUCACACUCACCCGCGAAGACAGAUAUUGGAGUUCCAGCACCACCAACCAACAUUCGGUUUACUGCUGUGAAUCAGUCAGCCAUCUUUGUUAAAUGGGAUAUUCCUUCACACAAUGCUGGACCUACGGCGUACAAAGUUACAGUUCUUCAGGCCAUGAACAAGACGUCCAGUACCUUCAUUGCCUAUCGUGAAUAUUUAGUUGAAGGUUGGACAAGCAAUGAACUCCCAGUGACAGGGUUGUUGAGCUCCUGGAGGUACAUGGUCACCAUGACAGCUGGUACCAUCGCUGGAAACUCAAAACUGGCAAAUCCAAACCUGUCACAACGCUGCCAAGCACCCCUAGUGCCGUGCAGAACAUCCACGUGAAGUUUGUCCCCAGUCAGUACUUGGCAGUCCGACUCACCUGGGAAUGUCCCCCCGAGAAGAUGAGGAAUGGGUACAUCACAAACUACACUGUCAAAUACACAGGCAAUGUGUCCAUGACGAUGACGGCAGGCAGCUUCUACCCAGAGGAUCCAUGCACCGCCCCCCACUCGGUGUAUCUCCCUGUUAUCCCAGAUGGGAAGAUCACUAUCGAGAUAUGGGCAAAUGCUGAAUUCAAGGGAGACAAAGCAACUACGGUAUUUCUAGCAGAUCGAGCACAAAUGUCUUACGGAUUUUCAUCAAAUUCAAGCACAACUGUGACAGGUUCCAAGCCAGUAAUCGUUGCUUCCGCCACACUGGGAUCUGUAAUAGUCAUUCUCAUUGUGGCUGCCACUGCUCUCUUUCUAAAAAGGUGAGACUGUGGGACUUGUUGGUAGAGGACAGGACUGGGAUCUUGUCAAGGUGAAGCGGCACAGAACAAAAGAAGAACGUAUACCAAAAUCUACUGUGAAUAAUGUAGUGAUUUUUAUAAAUACUCACUGGGACAA